AUGCUUAUGUCAUCCACACUGCCGACAAAUUUUUACGAUCAGCCACCAGCACAGAGUUGCUACUCGCAAAAUUUCGUGAAUCAUCCAGCCGUUGGGGCAUCGCAAACAGGAACUAAUCUUCUACAUGCAACCAACGUGACACGAAAGCAGACUUGCCACGUUAACGGCAGUAAUUUUCUGCAAAUUGGGAAGAUUCCGCCUCCCAGGCCGAAACCACCUACCAUCAAACAGACAUCCUGUAAUAACAAACAGCAAAGUGCAACAGCAGCAACAGCAUCAUCAUCGCCUGCAGUGAAUUAUUCUGUGAAUGGUGUACAGGAGGGGCCAUCAACUUCCGCGCAAUCGAGAAUAUUGGCAGCGGACGCCUCACUAAACCAGGAUAAUUCGGACCCUUUUGAGAUCUCAAUGGCAGUGAAAGAUAUCGCACACCGAGGCCUGUACAGUGAGCUGUUCAGAGAAUUUCCUGCAUCGACGAGUUCUUCACCAGGUGGCUUAUCUGGACAAUCGGACCGGAAACAGCUUUAUAAUUCAAAGCUUUCACCACCUUCCGCAGGCUCUCUCGGCCAUAAUCAGUCUUCCUCGAACGCCACCAAUUCAUUAGCCACAUCUCUUGGUUUUACGCAACAGCCUGCUGGAAUUGGGGUAAUUCUUACGCUCUUCAGAUUGUGA